ACCACACGUUACCCCCUUUUCCUCCUUGUUGCCCUCUUCCUCCCCAGUGUUUCCCUUGUGUCUCUGGGAAAGCAGCAGUUUAAGGGGGGAAAACAAGUGCGUGGAGCCAAGAAACAGGUCUGACCUCAGUUACUGGAACUAAGUAAGGUGCUGUUUUGGAGUCUCUAAAGUCGCCAAGACAACAUGAACACCACUGAACCAGCCGCCAACUUCACCUUUACGUCUAACACAGAAAAUGUCACACUGUCCAGCCUGACAACCACCACCAUCCCUCCCACCAUCCCACAGCCUCCACCCUAUUCUUCAGACAUCCACGACCCAGAAUUCACCAUUGUGGUGGUGCUGUGUUUGUCACUGCUGCUGGCAGGGUUAGCUGCCUUCCUGGCAGUGUGCCGACCCUCGGAACAGGAUGGGGACUCUGAGGCGAGCUGCAGCCGAGGGGGGAGCUUGACCCGUGGAAGAAGCCGGUCUAGUGAGCCCCAGCUAAAGGUGUGGAAGAGGCUGGGCUCAUAUCGACGUUCAUACAACAUCUCCUUCAGACGACCACCCCAUCGCAGGCCGCAUGAGCGUGGGAGCACACACGUGUCCCUGUCACCACCCCGACAGACACAGCCACAGCCAGAAGCAAGUGUGGAGCCCCACCUCACUAUGCCUUGUCUGUUUGACUAUGUUACUGAAAUCUGAAUGGACAACAGGCUGAGGGCAGAAGGACUGCUUCCUAAAACAAGCGACACACUGUAUAUGUUAUGGCUGGUGCAGCGAACAUCACUAAUACCAGGUGUGUUUGAAGAGUACAUGCAAAUAAUGUUUAGCCUUAGUUUUACUUUUUAUUGCAAGGUGGAUGAGGUUUGCAACAUGACAAUUUAGGCAAUCAAAAAGUAAUUGAAGCUGGGUUUACACAUUUUUGUGACUCUGUGACUUAAUUUCACUCUUUAUACAGUCCCUCCAGGAUUUUGCGAUGUUGUGAUCGUGCAAAUUCACGCAAAUUCAACCAAUCACCGCAAAUUUGACCAAAUACCGGAGUUUUCCGCAACUUCAACCAAUCCCAGCCAUCCCACCCGCUAGAAUCAGUAUCAGUAUGGAACUCUGGGAGAGCAAAAGAUGGUGAUAUUUCAGACCGUCCUGCCAACCUGUAAACAUUUCAACAUCUACGUACGCUGUAAAAAAAAUUUCACUCGGAAGUAGCUGAAGCGGCUGUUGUUUUAAUCCUGUCUGCUCUCUGCAGCGGGCGGGGCUACUGAGCUCCCCCCACGACUGACACGCACGCACGUCCGCACGCACGCAUGUCCGCACGCACGCACGCACGCACGCACGCACGCACGCAAUGUGCAAUGAUAAGUAAAAGUCCAAUAAGUCCUUUAUCAAACCAUGUGAAUGUAUGUCUCAGCCCAAGACAGGAAAUUAACUAACAACGUAAAGAUCAAACAAGCCACUGACAGACAUGUUCAAAUUUGAUUCAUUCAAUAAAUUAUUAUUUUUUGUAAAAUCCACCAACCAUUUUCAUAUUGUACCAACAUUUGCAGCAUCCUGAGCCUUUUUGGUAAGGUCACUAGGAAAACUCAGCCUAGAGUAGUUUAUUCUCCGCAAAACAAGUUUCCUUUUUAUUUUUAAAGACCAAUAAAAAAACAUUUUAUAAGCAACUUUUAUCGCAAUUUUUUUACAAAAGCUCCCGCGACAUAAUUUUGGGCCGCAACAAUCUAAAAAAAAAUUUGCAAAAUCCUGGAGGAACUGGUUAUAGCAGGAUGUUGUUUUCAGCAUAGCUACGCACUAUAUAUAGCGGUAAAAUUAUUUAACAAUGAUUUAUUUUUUCAAGGCCAAACUUUUAUAUAGACAAAGUUCUUAUAUAUCCCCCAAUCACAUUUAAAGUGUAGGUACAAGUAUCAUUCACGCUCGUAAUUGUUCUGAUGCAGAAAACCCAUCCACCUGGUAAGCCAUGUAAGACAAACAUGUUUCAUGCAGGUCUCAAAACAUGAUAGGUCACUAAUACUGCCAAGACAAAUGCAACCUGAGCCAAAAAGAGACCACUGUGUGACUAAUCCUUUGUGUGUUUUGCAAUUGUUACAAUAAGAAAUAAAGUGAUACGUUUGACUGU